AUGUCUUGGAAAUGUGCGUUAUGUGGAAAAUCUGUGUAUUUUGCAGAACGAAAACAGGCAGAAGGAAAGGAUUGGCACAACAUCUGCUUCAACAAAUAUUACAAAAAAAAGAAAGAGGAGGAGAGUCAAACACUGUUCGGCCAUUAUAACGGGACAAAACAAUCAUCUUCAGCCUCGUCACAGACUAAGACGUGCCCAGAGUGCUCAGCAAUAGUCGAUACUCAAAUACGAUUCUGUACGUCUUGUGGAUAUAAGUUCGAAUAA